GUUCUGGGGGCUGUAGCAGUGUCGACUGUAGCAGCGGAGUAUGAGUGUGAGUGUGCGUGAGCGCGCGUUUGUGCGGUAACCGCAGUGGCCAAACCACAAAGAGCGCUGCCCCGCAAGGUGAUUGCACCGGAGCUCCGGAGGCAGGCGUCCGGAGCGAGCCCCAGCAUCCACGCGUCUCCACGGGCUGUCCUGCGCGCGCAGCAAGGAGCCCUUCCGCUGCAGCUCAGACCUACAACCGGUGUGGAAAGGCACCUGGCCAGUGCAGUGAUUGUUAAGUGAGGAGAAAAAGAACUGCCCUAUUACCAUGGGGAAACAGAACAGCAAACUGCGGCCAGAGAUGCUGCAGGACCUCCGAGAAAAUACGGAGUUCUCUGACCAUGAGCUGCAGGAGUGGUACAAGGGUUUUUUGAAGGAUUGCCCCAGUGGAACCUUGAAUGUAGAGGAGUUCAAGAAGAUCUACGCCAAUUUCUUUCCUUACGGUGAUGCCUCCAAGUUCGCUGAGCAUGUCUUCCGAACAUUUGACACAAAUGGCGAUGGGACGAUAGAUUUUCGGGAGUUCAUCAUAGCCUUGAGUGUCACAUCACGGGGAAAGCUGGAGCAGAAGCUGAAAUGGGCAUUCAGCAUGUAUGACUUAGAUGGUAAUGGCUACAUCAGCCGUGAGGAGAUGCUGGAGAUCGUACAGGCCAUCUACAAGAUGGUGUCAUCUGUGAUGAAGAUGCCAGAGGAUGAAUCCACGCCAGAGAAGCGGACGGAUAAGAUCUUCAGACAAAUGGACCUCAAUAAUGAUGGGAAAUUAUCCCUGGAGGAGUUUAUCAAAGGUGCCAAAAGUGACCCCUCCAUCGUCCGGCUUCUCCAGUGUGACCCCAGCUCUGCCUCCCAGUUCUGAGCCCACCCAGCCCGUUUUGACCUCCUAUUCUUUCUGUUGCUACUCAGAAAGCUUCUAAACUAAGUGCAUGAUAUUUCACAUAUCUCUCACAUCAUCUGUUUAUCGUUGUUUUGUGGAGGAGCCAAGAAGAAACGUGGAAAUCAGCUUAGUUUAAUUCUUGGGAAAAUGAAGGGACGCAUGUAAAUUUAAAGGUGUGUCCACAAAGGCACCUGCUAAUGUUCCUGGACAUCUCUUAUCUGUCUGUGUCUGAGGCUGGUUUUCUAGUGUUGUCAUAUGGAUGGCUCGGGUUACUCCUCCAACACACAUGUAUAUCAUGUAUAUACUGUAUGUUUGCUUGUAUCAUAAGAUCAAGUAAAUCUGUCUUCGUUUACCGUAAGGUACACACUCUUUGGCAUUGAGAAGCAGUAUUAUGUAGCAUAGCUUCCUCAUCUGAUCCUAAUGGGAGGUUGGAGGGGAUUCUCGGGAUUUUACUGCUAUAUGAAAUUUCGCUGAGAAAAGAAGGUCUAAGAUCCCAUUUGAUUAUCAUCUUAAAGAUUUUAAAAAUUGUUUGUAUAUAUUAUUUUAUUUCUUGUUCUAUUUAUGAAUUUGUUCAUUUCUAUUAGUUUGAAAGUGCUUUUAUUUUGAAAUGUUGUUUAAGGUAUUCCAGUUUACCACCACAGAGACAAAGUUUCUUUUGGGAUCGUUGAAUUUUGCUCAUCAAGAAGAAUUUUGAAUUCCCAGUAAAGCAAAGGCAUCCCAUAAUGCAUUUAAUCAACGGCACCAGUAGCACAUAUCAUUUAAGCCAACAUGUAUUUGAAAAUUACGGCUGUGCAUUAGGUUCAAAUGUGUGUGCAUGUGAAUACACAAUGUAUACGUGCGGUUAUAUUUCUACAGUAUUACUAUGUUGAUGUUUUUCAAUUUGUACCUUAUAUUUACUAUUGAGCAGUAAACUGUAGAUAGUUGUACUCUGUCACUUCUACUGCAUGAUCCUACAAGUCAAACAAGGCAAAUCUCACAACUGUUUACACACAGUGUUAUUUUUUUGUAGGUCUGUAGCCCCAAAGAAAGGAUUUAAUAACCCUCUCCUCUCCUCUGGUAAACAGGAAACUCACUAAGGGCUUGUCCAUCAUUUAUGUUUCUGUUUCUCAACAGUGUGUGUGUGUGUGUGUGUGUGUGCGCGUACAGCAGCCACGUGAAACGAUAAGAAGGCACCAAGAUGUCAACAUGUAGUACCUCGACAGGGAUUGGUGUUUUGAAUACUAUUAGCACUAGACUUAUUUGUCAGGUUCUAUGAAAGGUAUCUGGGGGAUAAAUGAAAAGCUGAAACAGUGUGCUCAUGCAACCCUCGUCACCAACAGCCUCUCUCACAUGCCUCACCUGGACUGCCACUGCUGUCAGAUCGCCAUUGCCAUCUUGUGUUUUUUUGUAGCACACACUUUGGGUGACAUGACACCACAAAGGUGUGUGCUCGGAAGAAUAGAUGAGUGCUCUGAACCAGGUGCUCAAAUUCUCAACAUUUUACAACAUCCUUUAAUAUUAAAUUGGAUAAGAAUGUAUUUCUUUCAGAAUUUAUGAAAAACUGAUAUUAACAUUAUUUUACCCUGAAUAAGGUACCACUUAAAGCAGAAAUCUGGAGUUUUCCCUCUUUCGGAAACUAUGUAGGAUUUUUUUAUCCAUUGUAGUGAUUUUCUUACCAUGUACUGUGGUGUUUUUUGCUUUAAUUGGCUUUUUGCUAAGCCUGCCUCUGUCCUACAGAGCCCCAUGCGAUUUCAACUGAGCACUGCUCAUUCACUUAAGUACAGAUGCCAAUCAAAGUAGGGGCGAGCGUUUGCGAAAGUACCUCAACUGAUGCAGAAUUAGCUAAAUUUCUUAAGGACAAGUUUUUAAUUAUAUAUAUAUAUAUAUAUAUAUAUAUAUAUAUAUGUGUGUGUGUGUGUGUGUGAAUUAAUAAGAUGAGAAUAAUAAUGGUUGGCUGGCUAGAGGUGUGUGUUCACAAAUGAGAGGCAUUGCUUCAAUCAUUAUCAUGGAAGUAGGAAGAGGGGCAUAAGGUGCAGUACAUAUUUUCACCUCUAGAUGGUGCCCUAUAACAAAACUCUGUAUUUCUGCUUUAAAGUACAUCAGAAAUUGGUAAAUUUUGUGUAUGGAAACACCCAAAGUGUACCCGAGAGCUGCCCUAGUGCCGCUGCAUCCAACUAAUAAACACUGAGCUAAAGUCAUCUCGUACUAAAUGUUUGCACAAGCGCUUCCUAACCAGCCGCGCCUCUGCUUUGGGGAUUUUUCAGAGUCACUGCCUUCUGCUUGUAGGAUAAAAAUAAGCAUUUCUCCCAUUAAAUCCUUUUCUACUCUCACUGCCUCCGGAAGAACUGGUAUCUCUUGUUGGGUGAUUAAGCCUGAUCGUUCCCCCCUGAUUCCCCGACUGUUCCCAAAUAGUUUUCUGUUGCAUGAAAACCUCAAGCAAGGAUGCAAUGUUCAUGUUGGACCUGAUAUUGAAAUAAACCUGUGUGCUUCACUGCA